UGUGCCUACGUCGGCCUCGACUCCCGGGGGCUGGAGGAGUUACCUUUGGAGCCCGAAAGGAGGAAGGAAGCAAAAUAUCAACAACAGUCGAGGCGGCUCCAGCGCUCGGCCCCGGUCCUCUCUCGCCCGCCGCCCGCCUGCCCGCCCCCGCGCCCACGACGGGGGCCGAGGCCCCCGGCGCCGCCCAGGGCCCGCGCGGACGCCGGCCUCAUUUAUUAUUCCCCCCGCCCCGAGCGGCAGCUUCCCGCUGUGGAAGAUACCCCAGACCUGGGGCUAGGGCCAUCCCCUCCCUGCUGUGACACUCCAUUUCCCCAGCGGGACUGGACAUUGUACAUAAAGUCAUAUAGACCAUGAACUGAGCACCGAUCCCGGACUUUCAUGAGUACAGCGUGAGGUGCACUCAGACCUGCCACCCAUCAGCCCCUCCCCUCCCUAGCAUUGAGGACCUUCAGAGAAGAUGGGGAGGAAAAAGAUUCAGAUCCAGAGAAUCACUGAUGAGCGAAAUCGACAGGUGACAUUCACCAAGCGCAAGUUUGGACUGAUGAAGAAGGCGUAUGAGCUGAGUGUGCUAUGCGACUGUGAGAUUGCCCUCAUCAUCUUCAACCACUCCAACAAGCUGUUCCAGUAUGCCAGCACCGACAUGGACAAGGUGCUCCUCAAGUACACUGAGUACAACGAGCCACAUGAGAGUCGCACCAAUGCUGACAUCAUCGAGACCCUGAGGAAGAAGGGCUUCAAUGGCUGCGACAGCCCCGAGCCUGACGGGGAGGACUCACUGGAACAGAGCCCCCUGCUGGAGGACAAGUAUCGGCGCGCCAGUGAGGAGCUGGACGGGCUCUUCAGGCGCUAUGGGUCAGCUGUACCAGCUCCCAACUUUGCCAUGCCAGUCACGGUGCCUGUGUCUAAUCAGAGCUCACUGCAAUUCAGCAAUCCCAGCAGCUCUCUGGUCACCCCUUCCCUGGUGACAUCGUCCCUCACAGAUCCACGACUCCUGUCCCCACAGCAGCCAGCACUACAGAGGAACAGUGUGUCUCCAGGCCUGCCUCAGCGGCCAGCUAGUGCAGGCGCCAUGCUGGGGGGAGACCUCACCAGUGCUAAUGGAGCCUGCCCCAGUCCUGUUGGAAAUGGCUAUGUCAGUGCUCGAGCCUCCCCUGGCCUCCUCCCUGUGGCCAAUGGAAACAGCCUAAACAAGGUCAUCCCUGCCAAGUCUCCACCCCCACCUACCCACAGCGCCCAGCUUGGAGCCCCCAGCCGAAAGCCCGACCUGCGGGUCAUCACUUCCCAGGGAGGCAAAGGGUUAAUGCAUCACUUGAACAAUGCCCAGCGCCUUGGGGUCUCCCAGUCUACCCACUCGCUCACCACCCCAGUGGUUUCCGUGGCAACGCCGAGUUUACUCAGCCAGGGCCUCCCCUUCUCUUCCAUGCCUACUGCUUACAACACAGAUUACCAGUUGACCAGUGCAGAGCUCUCCUCCUUACCAGCCUUCAGCUCACCUGGGGGACUGUCGCUAGGCAAUGUUACCGCCUGGCAACAACCCCAGCAGCCACAGCAGCCACAGCAACCACAGCCACAGCCACAGCAGCCACAACAGCCACAGCCACAGCAGCCACAGCCACAGCAGCCUCAGCAGCCGCAGCAGCCACCUCAGCAACAGCCCCACCUGGUCCCCGUAUCUCUCAGCAACCUCAUCCCAGGCAGCCCCUUGCCCCAUGUGGGUGCUGCCCUCACGGUCACAACUCACCCCCACAUCAGCAUCAAGUCAGAACCGGUGUCCCCAAGCCGGGAGCGCAGCCCUGCGCCGCCUCCUCCAGCUGUGUUCCCGGCUGCCCGCCCUGAGCCUGGUGACGGUCUCAGCAGCCCUGCAGGGGCAUCCUAUGAGACCGGGGAUCGGGAUGAUGGACGGGGGGACUUCGGGCCCACACUGGGCCUGCUGCGCCCAGCCCCAGAGCCAGAGGCUGAGGGCUCGGCUGUGAAGAGGAUGCGGCUUGAUACCUGGACAUUAAAGUGACGGUUCCCACCCCCCCUCCUCUCAGCCUCCCUGAUGAAGAGUUGACAAUCUCACCGCCCACCCCUCCCUGUCCUGGGCUCCUCCCGCUCGACCCCCACUUCCUUUCUUGUGCUCCAUGUCCUGUUGACGGUUACAUUUGUGUAUAAUUAUUAUAUUAUUAUUAUUAUAUUUUUUUUAAUUUGGAUUCUCGCUUUGGAGAGAGGGAUGCUCUCAUCCCCUUUCUCACCGCCCCCCACCAUUUUCACUGGUGGGGGCUCUCUUUUUGCGGGAAGGGGGGGUCACUUUGCACGUUGUACACAUAUGCUGCAGGAAGGGGGUGGGGAGCCCGGUACGCCUUUGGGAAAGGACAGGUGCCGAGCCCUGCAUGUGGAGCCCUCCCACCCAUCCCCCAGACAGAGGGAAAGAACCAAAAACUACCAAGCAACAAAAACCCAUACAACAGACUGAACCCCAAAGUUGGCUUGAUGGUGGGUUUGUGUUUCAAGGGGAAUGUGAAGAGGCAGAAGUCCUCUGCUUCUGGGCUGUUCACGCGGUGGUAGGCACACAGGCCAGUUCCCAAGCCUGGCCCCCCCCCCCCCACCUCCUCUGCACACAUACACAAACACUCUGAUCCUUGUGCGUGCUGCAUCCCUAAGGUCUGCGGGUGCUGGGAAGGCUGCCUGAGAUUCUGAAGCUGGGGCAGGGCUUUGAGGUGGAGCCUCUCUGGUAGCACAUUGAAGAUACAGACACAACCAUGAGGAGAGGGCUGAGAAGGACAGAAGGGCUGGGCAAGGGAUGAACUGGGGUCCUCCCCCCCAGCUUUUUCUCUAAGAUAUACAGUGCAAUAGCUCCCCAUCCCUCAGUUGACCCAGCCCCAUAAGCUGGCCACAAGUGCAGGGAGACUGGGGAGAGGAACUCCAGUGAGGUAGCCUCAGGGCUGGGCCAGUCAGCCUUAAGCUCCUCUGGGGUGCUUGAGAGCUAGAGCCUUCCAUCCGUGGGGCAGCUAUGGAGAGGGCACUUUGACCCAGAGGAGUGGACACUGGGAUGGUGUGCAGAGGCAGGAGGCCCCCACAGUGAGGUCUACUGGUCCAGGGCCUCCCGGGCCCCUCCUCCUUGUUCCUCUGCCCCAGCUCCCUGCUCUUGGCACCCUCAUUGUCUUGCUACCUCCUAGUCCCACCGCCUCCAGGCUGCAUCCCACCUUCCCUCUUGGCUACUGUAAUUGUAAAUAGCGACCUUUGGAAAACCUUAGCAGUGUAACAGUCCAGGAAACUGGUUUUUUUUUUUGUUGUUGUUGUUGUUGUAUUGAUAUGAAAUGAGAUUCUAUUUUUGUCAAAGUAUAUUGUAAUAAUAAUGACUCAAAUGGCCCGUACUGUACAGAUGAGAUUCUUCUGCUGUUCUUGCUCCCUUUCCCUCCCCAAGUCUGCCCGCUCUGCUGCCUCCUCAGUGGGGCUGCAGGUAGGGGCCCAGGGGCAGUGAAAAUACAGAAUCCUGAGACUCAGGCUGGAUUAGAGAUCAAACUGGAGGGGGCAGGCCCCUGGCCUCUUCUGUUCUGCCACACGCCCUCAACGGCCUGGCCUAGGCCAACAGGCCUACCCUCUUACUCCACACAAGCCCAGCCCCUCUGCCCAGGGAGGCAGUGCUCCCAUUUGGAGCAUAGAGUUAGACAAGAUCCAUUUUUGUGAUAGACUAUGGUCUUUGCCUGCCUAUGACCCACCCUCUUGCAGUAUUUCAACACGAUGCAAAGAAGGAGCCAGAAGCAGAGGGGUGUGUGACCACACACAACCUGAGUGUGCUCAUGAGGGCAUCUGGUAUUUUAUGUGUCUGGGUGUAGUAUACCCUUGUAUUUAUGUAUGUGUGUAUGGUUGCAGGGGGUAUGUACCUUUGUGUGCCUCUGAGCCUGGCUGGGUGACUCUUAGUAUGACUGGAGCUCCGAGGCUUAUGUCUAUGUCUGUGUGGCUGGAUGUGUGUUUACAAAAGGACAGGUGGCUGUGCCAGCCCCUCAGCCCUGGCUUCCAAGCUCUGUGAUCCCACUAGCUUCUACUCCUGCCCUCAGCUUGGAUGUGUUCGUACUGCAGUUAGGGGGCCUUUGGCAGUCGGCCCACUUUACUUAUCCCCACAGCCUACCUCUGCCAGGGCUUCCUUCCAAGAGCCUUUGCUUCAACACACAGCGUCCACUUAGUCCCCAACACCUUGACAUGCCGUUCCUUUUCCUGGAGUUGUCCUUCCUUUCCUACUUUCAGAGCAAAAUUAAGUCCUCUUUCUCCCUGAAGCUUUGUCCUCCACUAUACGGUGAUCUUUCUUAUUCAUGGCUUCACUCACUGACUAGGCAAGGACUUUGGCCCACCUCUCCCUACGGUUCUUAGAUGGAGUUUCAAGAGCUGAUGGGACUAAGGGUAUAGCUCAGUGGUGGAGCACUUCCUAGCAUGCAUGAGGUCCUGGAUUUCAUCCUCAGCGCUGAAGGGGGAAAAAUACUGAUCAGGGCUUUGAAAGAAGCUAGGGUGUAGCUCUGUGCACAUGUGCUGUUCAGAGCUUUGCCUAGUGCCUGGUACAUAGUAGGUGUUCAAUAAAUGCUGAAUGAGUGAAUGGUUAAAUGAUAGGUGCUCAAUAAAUAUCAAAUGACUGGCCUCUUAGGCUAUUCCCACCAUCACUCUGUAUACUUUUCUAGGCUGAGCUUGGCCACCACUAAGUGCAGUGGGGGUAGGCUAAGGACCCCUGUAGUUCUUGUUUCAAUAUUCACCAGUUACCAGUUUCUCUCUCUGCCUUGUGAAGACAGACCUACUUUGUGUGUGUGUGUGUGUGUGUGUGUGUGUGUGUGUGUGUGUGUGUGUGUCCAUCCCCUUCUCUCCCUGACAAGAGGGGUUGGUCUGUGAGUGAAUAUGUGACAUUUCUGCAAUUUAGUAUCCCAAGGUUUUUCUUAGGGGUAGAGGUUACUUACUGGCUGGCCAGAUGGAUGGGUCCCUGAGAACCCAAAUCUCAAGUGGAGACUUAAUUUCUUCUUCCUCUCACAAGCCAAAUUUGCCCCCACCCACUCUC